UGUAUGUGACAAAUAAAAUUUGAUUUGAUGGGUCAGCGACUGAGUGAGGAGAGUGAUUCAGACCAGGAAAUUGAUGUUGCAGAGCUGCAGGACUGGUAUAAGAAGUUUGUGGUGGAGUGCCCAAGUGGAACACUCUUCAUGCACGAGUUCAAGAGCUUCUUCGGUGUUACUAACAACAAGAACGCUACCGAUUAUAUUGAGAAUAUGUUUCGCGUAUUUGACAAGAACGGAGACAAUACAAUUGAUUUUCUAGAGUAUGUUGCAGCCUUGAACCUGGUCUUGAGGAGCAAGUUGGAACAUAAACUGAAAUGGACUUUCAAAAUGUAUGACAAAGAUGGAAGUGGCUGCAUUGACAAGACAGAGCUGCUGGAGAUUGUAGAGGUAACAGACGUUCAAAGAUUAGUCUUGAUCUGUGGGGAGUUGUCUCUGGAUGAGUUCAUCGGCGGGGCCAGGAAGGACAAGUGGGUGAUGAAGAUGCUGCAGAUGGACGUCAACCCUGGGGACUGGAUCAGUGUACGGCGACGCAAGAGCUCUGAAGCUGAACCUCUGUAA